CAUGGGGUGUGUGGUGUGUACGACCAUACCUCCAUAAUGAUGAAGUUCGAAUAUGCACAAGUCUGACAGAUGGAUCGACUGACUCAACAUGGCCAUGCUGAACAUUUGUGUCAAAGUCCUUAAUUGCUUCCGGUCAUAACACUUUUGCGACUGGAAAGUUGGAGGUUGCAGGGAAGUGGUCUUGUUUCUCACUCUUCAAGGAUCUGAUGACUUGUACCAACGCCAAAGACGUCACUCCGUCUUAAUACUCAUCUAAAUUUCAGGCUAUGCUGAAAAAUAAUUUUGAGGCGACACCGACAGUUGAGACGCCCCUCAAAUCUCAAAAGCCGCCAUUAUAGGAAAUAUACCCGGAAGAACUACACUGUGUCGGCUUACAGGGCUGUAUUCUCAGUUUAUACCGAUUAAAAAGUGAAUCCAAUGACUGUUGGUCAAAAUGUCAUUCUUAGCAACCACUCGAUCGAUGUUCAGCUUCGUUUUGGUACUCUACCUUUUUGGCUUUGCUACGAUGAUAUCUCGAUGGAUGGCAGUUGAACAAAUAGUUUUUGAAGAUGAGUAUGAACCGCUGAGAGAACGACGUGGUGCUGUAGAAUCUAUAUCAUUACUAAACAUCAAUGCCCAG